CCACCGCCAUCCUCCAACUCUUAUCCACAAAAUGUCCAACGCAGUGGCUUUGCCCUGUCUUGGCAUAGUCAGCAUGGCACGCCGGCCACGUCAGACGGCCAAGACAAAGCCAAGCAAAAUCCCGCCGCCGUCGACGACGAGUAUCGGGUUCGGGACGAAGAGGAGGGAGCAGACGUGGCAGUGCAUAGAGGGUUGUGGAGCUUGCUGCAAGCUCGAAAAAGGUCCCUCCUUUGCUACCCCUGAAGAAAUCUUCAAUAACCCAACUGACGUUGAGCUUUACAGAAGCAUGGUGGGUGCAGAUGGGUGGUGUGUGAACUUCGACAAAGGCACACGCAAGUGCUUAAUUUACAAUGAUCGUCCCUAUUUUUGUCGUGUGGAGGCAGAGGUUUUUCAAUCACUGUAUGGGAUUAAUGAGAAGAAGUUCAACAAGGAGGCCUGCAGGAGCUGCAGGGACACCAUAAAGUCUGUUUAUGGUCCUCAUUCAAAAGAGUUGGUUAACUUCAACAGCGCAGUAACUUCAAGCUCCAGCAGCAAUAGUUGUUAAAUGAAUGCAAUUUGAAUGCAUUGCUAAUUAUGACAAUUUUGUAGCAAACUGGUAUAACAAAUUUGGGCAAGAUUCACUUUUGAUGGACCUUCAAAUUCCUCACUCAAUUCAACUGGCCAAUGAUUAGUGAUCUCCACUUGGGGAAGAAACUUCGAGAGCCAGAGUUUUUCGGCAUCUGCAGAUUCUGAGAAAAGAAAUAGGCUUAUCCAAAGUGACAAUUUAAUGUAAUUCACAAAAUGCUUAUUUGAAUCUUUCAACAUUUUUGUUUACAAGGUUGAGGACUUGGACAUACCUCAGAACACUGUGUACCAAAACCAUCUUAAAAAUGAUUGGUUUCGCAUAAAGAGCUCAGUUUGCUUGA